UCCUCCUCUUCCACGACUUCACACCUCACCGUCGCUCCUCUCUCUCUCUAUCACCUCCCGCAUCGACGAGUUCCCAUCUCGGUCGCCCUUCAACCUCUCCCGCAAACGAGGCCCUAGGGGGUCCGGUGGAUAAUGGUACACGCUUCAUGACUUUAAUCCCUCAAUUGCCAAUACAACUACCUGUCGCAUAAUCCACUACCAUAAUCCACCACCUCGAAUCUCUUUCACGAUCUAUAUCGUCUGUCAAUCCUUUGGAAACCCGGUCCCAUUCGUUGACCUUAUCAAAUACACUCACUACUGACAUUUACUGUCAUCUACACUCGUUUCAAUCGAUAUAUUUUCAGCUUUACAGCGCCCAAUUUUCGACGUAUUCCAACCGGAGUCUUCGCCUUCUAGCAAUUCAAAAAUCGUUUACGCAUUCGAUCGAUAUAUAGACCGCCAUCAUGCACGCCCCAUCAAUCUUUGUGGCCGUCGUGGCCCUGCUCUCGUCGAACGUCGUUGCACAGGACAGGCCCAAGUUUUACUUCCCGCGACAGGUCAAGCGUGAGAUUUCCAACACCACGUCCAACUCCGUCGAACAUUCGAGCUCCUCAACAAAGCCCGACCUCCUUGGCGACCUCCUCGGCGUUGCGACUGGAGGCUCAGCACCCGAGACGGGCGCACCCGUCGCAUCCGUCGCGCCCUCGGUCGAGGGAGUCGCACCUGGGGUUGUCAAGACUGUCAUCGUCUCCAACACCGUCCUUGUCAACAAUGGUAAAACAACCACACUAGGCCAGGCUCCUCCGUCGAGUGCCGCUGCCACUACGGCUGUGAAGCCACCGUUGAUUGUUCUCCCCACCCUUUCCCCAGGCCUGUCUUCGGUCUUGGACCCCAAUCCCUCGCGUUCGUCCGCUACUGAUGGUAUUACCGCCCCCAGCGGUGUCUUGGGAUCUAGCGGUGUCUUGGGAUCUAGCGGUGUCCUCGCCCCCGAGACAACGGCAUCACCUACCUUGAGAAUGACAUACUCUGGCACAGGAACAGGAGCUUCCUCGUCGACUGACACCAAAGACCCUGAUCACCAGACUCUCAGCCCCUCCAGCUCGUCCGACGGCGGUCUCCUGUCCUCUCUCGUCGGCGGACUUAACCCCGACCCCACGGGCACUGGCACAGGCACUGGUGCCACCACGACAUUCGCGCCAAGCACUUCCACGGAAACCCCGACAGCAUCGUCGACCGGUCUGGAGAGCAUGAUUUCUAGCAUCAUCUCUUCAGCAACUGCCGAAACUGGAGGUACCGUAUUCCCAACAGGAUCAGGAACCAACUCCACAACCAUUCGCGUUCCACCUGUCCCGACGGGAGGCGACACCACAUCGCUCAGAAACAAUGGGACAGCCAUUGUGCUCCCUCCUACAACCACGCAGAAGCCUACUUCGCUAACGGAUAUCCCGAGGACCAGCCCGACCAGCCCGACCAGCCCGACCAGCCCGACCACCCCGACCAGCCCGACCGCCCCGACCACCACUGCUGCUACUACCGAAGCUGUUCCAACUACAUCUGACUGGGUUGGAUCAUCCAUCCUGAUCCAGACGACUCAGACCGGCCCAAAGGCAACCACCACCGUGGCGAUUCCCAGCGGAAUCCCAAGCACCUUGCCUCAGGUAGUCGCGCCUCUUACCGGCGUGCCAACCGCAAAGGUGGGAUACACUCUGAUCCAAGUCGGAUUCACGUACGCGCUGAACUACGAAUUCGUCGUUGCCAAUUCCAUGUCUUCUGCCCAAAUCUUCACAUACCUUCCCAAGGGUAUCGCAUACGGGCUGGAGAUUCAGGAGUCGGACGUCAUAAUGCACAGCCUGGAGCCUUACGACACUUCCAGGAGCCUCGGAUUCAUCACCACGCUUGGUCUUGCAUAUAUCCCUACCGAGAUGGUAUCCAACCUCGACAUCAUGAUCCACGUCCCGGUGUCUCGCCUCUACAAGAACCCCUCGCAGCCUGUUGCCGUUAUCAUGAGCAGCAUCAACCCUUCCAUCCCUAUCACCGUUGGCUCUGGCCUCGAUGGAUCCGACCCUGCAGUCCCUGCUAGUGGUGCUCGAUCGUCUCCCACCCCGGACGGUAAGAGCAGUGGUAAUGGAAACGGUGGAAUCUUCGACACAAACGAGAACAACCAGACACCGGACGCCAAGGGUAUGACUGCCGGAAUCGCUACUGGUGCCGUCGUUGCAGCUGCUGCGUACGGUGCGGCCAUGUUCUUCAUUGCCCGCCGCUACAAGAGACGCAAGCUUUCCCAUCGCCGCACGAGGUCCCUCAUGAACCCCGGCGAUAUGAUGGAAGCUACCGGUGGCAGCCCAGCCCUCCCCGGUGGUGUCUACAUGUCUGGCGGACGUCAAUCGACUGGUUCUGACGAAUCGAGCUCCGAUUCAUCAGCCGACAGACACAGCAGAGGCAGCGGAAGAAGCGCCGGAAACUCUGCCAGGACCGCCCAAAUCUCCGGACCAAUGAUGGCAGAGAACUCCCUGGGCUGGAACUGAACAUAAUUCCGACAACAAUUUCCACCAAAUCUCAUGCCUCGAUAUACGAUACCCAUCUGAGCGCUUGAUCUUGAGCCCUUGUAACAUACAACAUGACAGCUGAUCGUCGCACCGGCAUCCUUUUCCUUCAUCGUCACAGUGGGCGGUUGGUACCCGCCAUUAUACUCUCCCGCAUCACCAAAGUUCUCUCGCCAACCUUCUUCGGGUGAGGGAAACGAUCAGGAGUUUUUGUACCUUGCGGAGUUUGAGGAGGUAGAAUCGAGACGAGUAGAAGAGGGGGCCGGGCCGAUGGGCUGCCAAUUACAUUCUUGCCGUGCCGUGCCCUGUCCCACGAGGAAUGAAAAUGAUCUUUCAAUUGUCCCGCCGUACCUCUGUUGUCGACCGAACUCUUCAAGAAACAGGCCAUAGUAAUUUAAGAAUAGUUUCCUUAUACCUAAAUUUAAGACUUGCAUGUACAUGAAGUUACAACUCCUGGCGAAUUGGGAUAUAUAUGCAAGUAUAAUUAAACUGGAUCC